UAAACAGCAGCGUAAAAACAGCAGACUGCUCGUGAUAAAGCAGCCAGAGCGUCGUGUCCUCCUUCAUCCUCAUCAUCGCCGUCAUCACCUACGCCUUAGGACGGUGGGCCACGUCAGAGUAUAACUUCAAGACAAAUCUACGUUUAAAAAAAAAAAAAAAAAAAAUAAAGAGCGAGGGUGGGGGAGAAAGUGUUGUUGUUGUCGGCAGGAGAGACAGACGUCCAGCACGACGCCGUGCAAAAAGGAGGCUGCUGCUGCUGCUGGUGCUGCUGAACAUGGGUCAGCCCUGCUGCUAAUCCCGUCUGACUUGGAAGAAUAACAACAAGGCAACCUCGGCAUGGGCUCCAGACUGAGUCGGCAGAACAGCUUGGACAAUGAGAAUUUCUCCAAAAAGCGACGCAGACUCCUCGAUGUCGCGGCGGACGGCGACAGUCGAAGCGGCCGGGCAGGCGGGGACUUCCUCUUCGCCCUCAUGCUUAAGACAGACAAACUACCUGGGAUGCUACGUCGGACCAACCACAGCCCCUACAUAAGACGGGUGGCGUGGAUCAGGGAGAUCCAGAAGCUGCUUCGCGAUCGCAGGAUGGAGCAGGCCACCGACGUGCUCAGAUUACUGAGGAAGGAUCUGGGACUGGAAGGUACUUCACUCAAUGACAUCUUGUACAAGAAUGCUGCCUUCCUAAAUCUGGUGGAUCCAAUCUCGCAUGAGCUGCUGCUGAGCUUGGCCCGAGAGAUGCAGAAUCCUAAGAAGGAUUCCGACACCAUAAAGUCGUCCGAUAAAAUUUGCAGACAGCUGAUCUACCACCUGACCCCACAUUCAAAGUGGCUGAGGCAGAGCAUGUCCAGACGGAAAUCCCAGGCAUGUCUUAAGACAACCCUGCAGAGGAAACUGUCCAAUGACACUGUGGACUUGUCAGGCAUUCCUCUGUCCACCCGAGAUGUCCGUCAAGUAGCCUUCUACCUCCAAAACAACAGAGACAGUGUGGUAGCUGUGGAUAUCAGCUUCACAGAGCUCCAAGAUGAAAACCUGAAGUUUCUUCUCCCUCUUCUCGCUUCACUCCCCAAACUCAACACCCUUGCUCUCAACGGGAACCGUCUAACCCUGACUAUCCUCAAGGACCUGACUGAGAUGCUGAAAGACCCCAAGAUGUUCUCCAGCCUGGCCUGGAUAGACCUUGGUAACAAUGUUGAUAUUUUCACCAUGCCUCAACCGCUUUUGGUAGCUUUGCGCCGGCGCUGUAGCCUGAAGAGCAGUCUGCCUACCAUCUACGAGUACACCGAAGGUCAACCCUACUGCUACCGGCUGGAGACGUCUAUCGAGGAACCCAGCCACUAUGAGGAGGAAGAGGAAGAGGAAGAUGCAGAGGACGACACAGAUGAUGUGGGGAACAAAUUUGAGCUGGAACCAUGGGGCUUAGGUGAGAAGCAGCUCUCCAAAGACUUCACCCUUCACUACUGUGAGAGGUGAUCAGGUGUUUGUCUCGGAGGCUCUUUCAACUCUAGCUGAAAAGGUAUCACGCAGCAAUCUGUUAAACUUCUUUAGCUUGAACAACCUCACACCUUCCGGCCCAGUCCCCCUUUGAGGCAUGAGGGAGAACACACACUCACCCAGACACCUUGUAAUACCACCACGUUUCAGAAUGAACCUGCACGAGCUGAUGGUGGAGCGAGGGUCAUUGUGGCAGACUUACUGUGUUGGUAGAUGGUGCUCUUUGGAACAAAGAGUGGAGGACUGGAUUCAUUGGAGAAACAUCUCUCUCUUGCCGUCUCACACCCUUUUUCUAUAGUUCCGUCUGACUGUAGCAGCAAGGAGAUUCGGGUCAGUUGCUAGGCUGGAGGAGCAGCAUUUCGGCAGUAUUUCGAGUGGGAGGCGCAUCCGCUUGGAACGAGUGGAUCCCCCCUCGAGUUCUCGGCCGGGACUGAGACCAUCAACGGUAGGCAGAGCCUCUCUCCACAUUGUGUGUUCUCUGUUAAUCUCUCAACAAAAGCUAUGACACAAGUUCAACAGACUACACAGCCGCCGCCCUGUCACGUGACCCUGGCAAAACUGCUAGGUCAAGACUUUUCCCCCCACUUUCCUAAUGUCUACUUGUGAAUACCCAUGCUGCCCUUGUGUAAUGAGGAGACCAAUCGUGACCAUGCUGCCCUUGUGUAAUGAAGAGACCAAUCGUGACUCUGUUGUAUUACCACUCACUGUUGUUUUCCACUUUUGGUGGGCAAGGCAUUCUUAGAUGACAACAAGUAGGAAUAAACAUUGCGACUAAUUGUUUACUGUAUGUACUUGCUUAAAUACUUAACCUCCGUAUCGUAGCCAUCGCCACCGUUUCAACUGAACCAAGUUUUAAAAUAGGCUUUUGAAUUCACACAGCCCCCGAAAUAGUUGUCUGUUGUUCUAUUCAUUGUCGUCGUUAGUAGUUCUUUAUAUGCGUUACGACCCCUGCUUUUAGAAUGUCAUGACUGUUACCUCGUGAUGAAACUUUGCAGUAGCACAUAAUGGUCAGACAAUGCCAGUGCAAUGCACUUUAAUGCACUUUUCUGUUUGUAUUUCACCAUAUAGCAGUCUGUGGGUAGUUGUUUAAAUUAUACAUGUACGUCGUAUAAGCUGUCAUCGUUACAAUGCUGAUCCAAAUGGCUCAAGAUUGUUAGAAAGCUCCACAAAGUAAUUAUUGCUGCUCCGUUAGAAUUUAUGUACACUAUAUGUCUAAAUGUGCAAUAUAUAUGUUUGUCUCACUGAAAUGUCUGGUUAUCGUAAUUAUUUGUGAUUUGGUGUCUUGUCCUAUUUUGUGACUAUCUGGCUCCAAUUUCAUCAAAUUGAGCACAGUGGCCUUCUUGUGUAUUCUGAAACAAUUAAAAAGGAACUUGGAUGUGACAAAAGAUUUUACAUUAGCAAAUGUAAAUCGUGAUUAUAUUGAGAGUCGGCACUUUUUAUGUUCCUUUAGUCUGAGUAGGGGAGAACACUGUUCAGUUUCGUGUCUUCACAAAACUCUUCCUUGUUGUUUGUAUUUUCCAAAGCCAAAUUCUACCAAUAAACAAACUGAUCCAAACU